UCAUUCAGUCACCAGAUAAGGAAGACACAGCAGCAGUCAAAGCAUUUGAAAAUUCAUAACUCAAAAACUCAUACGCAAGUAAUAUCGCACAACAGUUUACACAAAAAUGGGUGAAAAUAUCGAAAAGUCCACACUACCCUAUCAACUGUUUCUUUAUAAUGAGGAACUACGUCGUCCAAAUCCGAGGGUAGUACGUCGCAUUAAAUCAAAAGUGGAGCUAACCGAAAAGCUAAUUAACGAAAACAUGAAGAAUCUCGACAACUACGGAGGCGCUGACUUGAUGGCAAUAAAUCGUCAAGUGGAUUUUAAGGAGGAAUUAACGGAGAAAAUUGAAAUGAUUAAGGAGUGUCACAAAACAAUGAAAUCACAAAAAAAUCCAAGCACUUGGCUAUAGGAAGGGGAACU